AUGAUAGAAACAAAUUCGGAAACCACAAUCUCUUCGAAGGAUAUAGAUUUGCGUAUAAAUUUGACCAACCCUGCUGAUAAUGAAAAGGGAUCACUUCACGCUUACCAGAAGAGAUAUCUGUCAUCCAACAAAGAUGUCGACUACCGAACUUACUUGCCACGAGUUCAAAUGGAUUCUAUACGGAAAGAAUACUGUCUUACUGGAAAUCAAUCAUUUAUUAAAACUUCGUGUGUUACCGCAUAUGAAUGUAAUCAGCCUUUCGUAGACAGGAAAUGGUAUUCUUCACAACAUAGUGAGCAGUCCUUAAAUCUGAAAAAUAAUGGUUCUGCGCGAUCUAGUCCUAACAAUUCGCUACCUGAAAGGAAGUGGCAAGAUAAACAGUCCGAUUCGUUCAAUCUACCAACAAUUAAUGCUAGCAAUUCAUUUUCUGUGCGCUCAAGUGAAAAUGUCAUACCGAAAUUAACUAACAACCUAUCUGUUUCAAAGAGUAAACGGACAAGAUCAUUGCUGAAAUACUGGAAUAGUUUUGAUCCUGAGCAAAUCCAUUACGGUGUACAUCGCUCCCAUUCACAUAGACAACAGCAACGUAUUUUCAGUCCUAUGGCUAGUUUAUGGAAAGCUAUGCAAAAUCAAAGUCAAAUAAUGGUUAUGACUCGUGGUUUAAAAGAGCCUCGUGCUUCAAUUAUUGGCAAUUUAAUUGCUUUUGAUCGUUAUUGGAAUUUAAUUCUAAAGAAUGUGACUGAAUAUUCUGUUCAUCUUCCGAAAUCAGCUUUGAAAGGUAAUGGAAAACCGGGACGAAGUAAAAAGCGACGGGAACAACGUUUACGAAAGUUUCAACGAAAUAAUAACGCUUUAUUUCAAUUGAAAGAAUGUUCAAAUUUAUGCCAUUCUCCAUCUAAUCAAACUGAGGUUCAGCUGAAAGAUAACCAACCAUUAGAAAUCGGACAAUUAUUUCCUGAUCAGUAUGGUGAUCAUGAUCAAGAUGGGAUUGUGGAAAAAGAAGCACGUGAUGAUGAAAUUAGUAGAUUGAGACCUUUUCGUCUACUUGGUAAAUCCCCCUUAUCUGAUACAAAUGAUCAUGAUGAUCAGUCUGUCAAAAAAUGUGAUCAGAUUGAUAAAAGUGUUUUAGUGAAUAUUCAUAAUCAUUUAGACGAGAAUAAUAAUAAUUGUUUUUAUCAUAAAUCGUCAAAUUGGACAUCAUCUAUGGUUAAUUUGAAUGAACGAAAUAUGUCUGAAUUGUCUGAUAUCUCACUUUGGUAUAGUUUACAAACUCGUCGAAAACAUCCUUUGACUGAAAAACAAGAUAAUCAACAAAAUGAAAAAAUUCACAUUGAUGAUGAGGAUGAUGACAACGAACAACAAUUAUUUAUUCGUGGUGCUAAUAUCAUUUUAGUACGAAUUAUUUCUGAGAAUUAA